UAAGUCGAAAACGCAAAGCUAAGUGGGAAAAAAAAUAUCUCUAUUCCUCCACUGCCUCUUCUCUCUCUAUUGAGCUAUCCCAUCAGCUUCUAUCAUUGAGAAAAGAGGGGGGAAAGAGAGUUCAGACGGUGGCACCGGGCCCUCUUAUUCAUCGCUCCGGUUUAUUUUCCAGCGAUUCUUUCUUUGCUAUAUAUGUCUUUCCUAACAAAGGUCGCUUCGUUCCCACGGCAAUUCCCAUUUUGACACAUACCCCAAGAAAAGCUUCUUCAUAUAUAUUUUUGGUUUACCGUUUGUGAACUCUGGUGGAACUGAAAGGAACCCAAUCGUGCUUCCGAUCACCCCUCUCUGUAAUCUUAGCAGAUUGGUGGAGUUUCGAAUCUGGAAAAGGUAGCGGAGGAGAGGAUUUGCUGUAUUAAAAUGCUUUGGGUUAUACGAUUCUCUGGGUUCUUUUCAGCUGCACUAGUGAUGAUUGUUCUAUCUCCUUCCCUCCAGUCGUUUCCUCCAGCUGAAGCUAUUAGAUCAUCCCGCCUCGACAGUUACCUCCGGUUACCUUCAUUUCAGGUCUAUACAUCACCGGACGAUCGGUUCACUUUCCGAAAGGCUUUCCGAUUUCGCAAUAACGACGAAUGUGGCUUCGCUGACCCCAAAACCACUGGAGUCUGCGAUCCUUCUUUGGUGCACGUGGCUAUAACCCUCGAUGUGCAGUACCUCCGUGGGUCAAUCGCCGCCGUUCACUCCAUUCUCCAGCACUCGUUGUGUCCGGAGAACAUUUUCUUCCAUUUCCUCGUCUCGGAGACCGAUUUAGAAACCCUAGUUCGAUCCACUUUCCCUCAGUUGAAGUUCAAGGUUUAUUAUUUCGACCCCGAGAUUGUGCGGAACCUGAUAUCGUCUUCGGUUAGACAAGCUCUUGAACAGCCGUUAAAUUACGCUAGGAAUUACUUGGCCGCUCUCCUAGAGCCGUGCGUCCGGAGAGUGAUUUAUUUGGACUCCGAUCUCAUCGUCGUUGACGAUAUCUCUAAGCUGUGGAGUACCAAUCUGGGUUCACGAACAAUCGGAGCACCCGAGUAUUGCCAUGCCAACUUCACAAAAUAUUUCACAAACAGUUUCUGGUCGGACGAUCGGUUUUCAGGGACUUUCAGGGGAAGGAAGCCAUGCUAUUUUAACACGGGAGUGAUGGUGAUAGAUCUGGCGAAAUGGAGACGGGUCAGGUUCACUAAGCGGAUCGAAAGGUGGAUGGAGAUCCAGAAAAGCGACCGGAUCUACGAGCUGGGUUCCUUGCCGCCGUUCUUGCUGGUUUUUGCCGGCCGCGUGGCACCCAUUGGGCACAGAUGGAACCAGCACGGUUUGGGUGGGGACAACGUGAGGGGAAGUUGUCGAGACUUGCAUCCCGGUCCCGUUAGCCUCUUGCAUUGGUCCGGUAGCGGUAAGCCAUGGCUCAGAAUGGAUUCCAAAAAGCCGUGUCCGCUCGACGCAUUAUGGGCACCCUAUGAUUUGUACGGCCACCCACAUUGAAGACCUAGUCGAGUUUAGUCGCCGGUGGAGUUGCAAUGAAGAAGACAAUUGACAUGUGAUGGAGUGGAAAAAGAAGGGCAUUUGAUUACUUCUUAAUAUCCAACUAAAAAGGGCCAAAUUGAAACAGGGGUAGGGAACAAAUUAUAGGGCAUUGGAAUGAUGGUUAUGGAUAAAGCCAGCCUGUUGCUUGCUUGGUUGGUUGAUGGAUUUUCAUUUUGGUGGCAGCGGUGGAAGUCUUGUGAGCAACCGACCUCUGCCCCCACACUGUUCCUUUGCGCACUUUGGCUGCAAAUCACAUAUUCUUCUCCCCCUUUAGCGUUGGAUUCUUGUGUUUAUUUCCUGGUAAUUUUCAUUAUUUUUAAGAUCUCCGAAUAAAGAGAUGCAUACGACACUGUUAUUUUAUCCAGCAAAUAAAUUAUUAUAAUGUGGGGUUUGGUUAAAAGAAGCUCAUUUAUCUUAAACAUGGUGGCAUCGGAAGAGGGACCCGUAUGUCAUUGUUACGUAGGAAAUGUCCAAAGUUUUUUUUUGCGCUGCCCUUCACACGUGGCCAGCUGGUUUUUUAUCUUUGUAGAAUCA